AUGAAGCGGAAGGCAGGUCCGCAGAAAGCACAGCACAAAUGGAAGAGGAAGCUGUUCGUUGCGCUUUUGAUGGGCUUUUGCUUCGGGACGUUGGUGUUGCUGAUGCACACUCAGUACAGUCGGAUUAUGACACUCGCUUCGUUGCAUUCUCAGCUCACUCAACCCCCCAAGAUCGCCUUCUUGUUCAUCGCUCGCAAUCGCCUUCCCUUGGACCUGCUUUGGGAUGUUUUCUUUCAGGGAGGGGAGAGUAGGUUUUCAAUUUAUGUUCACUCUAGGCCUGGGUUUCUGUUCAACAAAGCCACCACCAGAUCGGUUUUUUUCUUGAAUCGUCAAGUCAAUGAUAGUAUACAGGUAGAUUGGGGAGAAGCAAGCAUGAUUGAGGCUGAGCGUAUAUUACUGAAGCAUGCACUUGAGGAUCCUCUUAAUCAACGCUUUGCCUUUCUUUCUGAUAGCUGCAUUCCUCUUUACAGUUUCAGCUAUAUAUAUGACUACAUCAUAUCAACAAGAACCAGCUUUGUAGACAGCUUUGCCGAUACGAAAGAGGGCCGCUAUAAUCCCAGAAUGAAUCCUGUUAUUCCUGUUCAUAACUGGAGAAAAGGAUCUCAGUGGGUUGUUUUGACCAGGAAGCAUGCUGAGGUUGUAGUGAAAGACAAUACAGUCUUUCCUAUGUUCCAACAGCAUUGCAAGACAAAGUCGCUACCUGAGUUUUGGCGGGAUCGUCCCAUUCCUGCUGAUACAUCCAAGGAGCACAAUUGUAUACCAGACGAGCAUUAUGUUCAGACAUUACUGGCUCAAGAAGGCCUCGAAGGAGAAAUCACGCGUAGAUCACUGACGCACUCAUCAUGGGAUUUAUCAUCCUCUAAAGACCGUGAACGCCGUGGAUGGCACCCUGUGACUUACAAAUAUUCAGAUGCUACUCAUGUGCUUAUUAAAUCUAUAAAGGAGAUAGAUAAUGUCUACUAUGAGACUGAAUACCGGAGAGAAUGGUGUAGUACCAAGGGCAAACCAUCCAAAUGCUUUCUUUUUGCACGAAAAUUUACCCGGCCUGCUGCUCUCAGGCUUCUUAACACAACUGCACUGGAACUCAAACGGAGCAACGAUUAA